CCUGAAAUGCUUCUCUGGUCAUCAGUUUCAGGGGAGAUUCAAAAGCUGUGCCCUGAAGCAAGGAAGUCUGAGUUAUUGAAAAGAAAUUAGAGAGCAAGGCCAUUUCCUGAUGUGUGUACUCGCAGGAUCAGCACAGGAAAGGCCUAGGAGCAAGAGAAGGCAGGCCCUGCAAAUGCCAGAGUCUUCCUGCAAAAUCUGAAGAUUCAGUGGAAGAACCUUAAAUGGGAGUAGAUUGCUGUGUGUAUAUCUUCAGGGCAGAGGGUUGUUAAAAGGAAUUGUCAUCCAUAACUAUGAAAAACAACAUCCUGUGAGUUUGUUUCAAGCUCCGUGCCUCAUCACUUCCUUCAGAUAAGCUGUGCUCCAAUCUCUCCUGGGGAAGGCUGGUGUCCUUGGGGAAGCAUGGCAUUCCGUGGCUGGAAGUGGCUCCUCCUUUUCGGCAGGCAGAACACCCUUGCAAAGGUGUGGAGAAGCAGGAGGGGAGGCCCCUCUCUGUGCUGGAAGCGCUGCUGCCAUUGGAGCACAGGCAAGUCUCUGGACCCUGAGGUGAGGGCUUUUUUGGAGGAGAACACCGAGGUCACCAACAGCGGGCACCUCACGCCAGAGAUCCGGCUGCGCCUCCUCACCCCUCGCUGCAGGUUCUGGAGAGAAAAGCCCGACCUGUGGCCUUAUGGGGACCCCUUCUGGGCAAUUUACUGGCCAGGAGGCCAAGCCCUCUCCAGGUACAUUUUAGAUAAUCCACGUGUGGUUAAAGGGCGAUCAGUUCUGGAUCUUGGAAGUGGAUGUGGAGCAACAGCAAUAGCUGCUGUGAUGAGUGGUGCAUCCCACGUCCUUGCCAAUGACAUUGACCCUAUUGCAGGAAUGGCAAUGAUCUUGAACUGCGAACUGAACCACUUGAAUCCCUUCCCCAUCACCAUUAAGAACAUCAUCAAUUCAGAGGCUGGCAACUGGGACCUCAUAGUUCUAGGAGAUAUGUUUUAUGACGAACAACUUGCUGAUGGUCUGCAUCACUGGCUGCAGAAGUGCAUCAGGAUUCACCAGACUGAAGUGCUGAUUGGUGACCCUGGCAGGCAUCAGUUUCUAAGCCACAGCAUUCACAGUCAGCUGCACAAAGUUAUAGAAUAUUCACUGCCUGAGUAUACGAGACAAGAAAAUUACGGGCUAACAUCAAGUAUCGUCUGGAGUUAUCAGCCCUCAAACGGCUUAGAUUACUCUUGAAGCUGCCUUUCUAUGGGAUUUUGUCUCACUUGGUUGGCUUUUUGCCGUUAUAUAAAAUGAAAACGGAAUUAAACAGAGAAAUUAUCUGUUAAAGUAAAGCAGCUUACUGUACGUACCUCGACUGGACUGAUUUCAAUCAUACUGAGGCUUUUGCUCAAUUUGAGGUAAAAGCUACAUGCAAACUGUGUUCAAAGGGGCCUGCACUGAAGUGCCGAUCUACAAACAACUUACAUGUAGGAGUUUGCAUGCUUGAUGUUUCCCAUGUAUAUUUGUGUCUUGCUGACAUUCCUGUGAAAUGUUUUGGAUGUCCAGCAUAAGACUGUGGGGAGGGGGCUGUGGCUGAAGGACUACUUCACUGCUUCCAC